AUGACGGACACAAAGAAGACGAAUCUGUCCUCGACAACACCAAUGGCAGGAUCAGCCUCGGCCUCAGCCUCAGGGACAGAUACAAACGCAGACGAAACUAUGCGCCUUGCCAUCGCCCGCUUCCGUAGCAGAAUGGCCGCCGCAAACCAAAAGUUUCUCCAGGACCGCAUCAAUGAAAUCGAAGCGAAAGGUCUAGCAACUGAAGAGGAGAAGCGCCGCCAGUUCUGCAUGUGCAGAUGGAUGGAUCUCGAAUGGGACGAUGACGGCCCCGAGACGCACGUGAGGCACAACGGGAUCCGGAUCCCACAGCAGACGUUAGUCAAAGACCUCGAUAUCCCUGCUAUUCUUAACGCCCUGCCAUCCCAUAAACCGGCUGACGGCGUGAUCCCGCCCCUGCUGCGCACAGAGGAGUGGCGGCAGAUGUACCUCGACACAGUUCAGCGUGUGUGCCAGCAACAGGUGGACGCGAUCGUCCCCGAAGACGAAGAGGAUCUUGACGUCGCGUGCACUUACCACAAAGACCACAGACCGAUGACUAUCCCGCGGUGUGACGAGCUAGCCCUGUUCCUAAAGUAUGCGCAGGAGGUGGUGGACAUUGACUUCCGGCUCUUGGGCAUUGCGCCGUUCACACCGACGUGGAUGACUGGGAUCCACAAUAAGGAACUAGACAAACUUGAUGAGGGACAAAGACGCGACAAGUUGGCGGAUCCCCAGCUACUGAAGCACGAGCAAGAGGUCUUGCAGCAGCAGUUGGAAGAUGAAUCGUCGAAUAUGGAGCUGGAAGUGUGUAUCGACGAUGACCUAGAUGUCAGGGCUGGCUUUAUCACCGGCGUUGGAUAUAACCGGCUGUAUGAAUGCGAUGAGUGGUAUAGUGCGUACGUGUAUUGCCGGCUGUGGACGGAUGACGACGAGGACAAUGGCAAGCACGAGGAUGGAGACAUCCAGGAUGCUGCCAACAUCCGGGACUGGGGGUGGCGGGUGGUUUUUUUUAGAGCUGAUGUUUGCAACCCUACCACUCUAUACGGCCGGAAGGCGCGCUUUGAUUCUAUUCCAGAAUUCUUGGAUUGGUACGCCAGCUGGCUGGACCAUCUAGAUGCACGGAGUUGGCUUUCUCUGCGGCGCCACGCUAUAGGCUGUGAGACGGACUGCGAAUCAGACUGUGAGUAUCAUUGA